AUGGCUAUAUUAAACUCCAACCCUGAGAUUCUUUUACGUAAGAGAAAGAAUGCUGAUCGUAAGAGAAUUGAAAAGCAAGAACAAGCCCAUGAAAAAUUAUUAAAACAAAAGAGACAACGUAAAACUCAACAAAAGAAUAAAUUCAUUAGAGCUGAAACUUUGGUAAGUAAUAAUAAAUCAAAUGCUCUUGAAAAGAAAAGAAUCAGAAACUUGACCAAGAAACAACAACAAGAACAAGCUGACAGUGUAUCCCAAUCAAAAGAAGAUGAUGAUGAUGAAAAUAAAUUAUUAUUCAUCAUUAGAAUACCAAAUCAUACUAAAGGGUUAAGAAUCCCAAAUAAAGCUUCCAAGAUAUUGAAUGUUUUAAAAUUAACUCAAACCAAUACUGGUGUGUUUGUUAAGGCUACUCCAACCACUUUCAGUUUAUUAAAUUUGAUUGCUCCAUAUAUCAUUGUGGGUAAACCAUCAUUAGCAUCGAUUCGUAAAUUAUUUCAAAAGAGAGCAUGUAUAUUAACUCAAGUUCAAGAAGAUGAUGAAGAAAUCCCAGUUAAAAAGAUUAUAAAAUUAGAUAAUAAUCAAUUAGUUGAAGAUCAAUUUGGUGAAGAUUUAGGAUUAAUCUGUAUUGAAGAUUUAAUUUAUGAAUUAACUAAUUUAAGUGACAAUUUUGUUUCAAUUACAAAUUGGUUAUUACCAUUUAAAUUAAAUCCUCCUAUAAAUGGUUGGGGUCCUCAAGCUAAAUUAGCUAAAUUAAUUUAUAAAAAUGAUGAAACUUUAAAACCGGUCAUUAGUUUAAGUCAAGAUUUUAAAUUAUCUGAAGUUGAAGAUAUUGAUAAGAUUAUUGAUCAACAAAAUUAA